UUGGACGGCCAUCGGACCCGCAACGAAAAUAACCUCAGUUGCGAGCUACGACAUUCCUGCAAUUCGCAAAUCCCCAUCACUCACUCAUCUCACAAUGGCCUCCCGCUUGGCAAGAACUGCUGCCGGGGCUGCCCGCCUCCGACCGGCUCUCUCCCAGCGAUCUGUCCCGGCCAUCGCCUCCAUCAGCGGCCAGCGCCAUGCCUCCAACGUCCCCGAGAAGGUCGACCCCAAGUCCAAGGCCCAGAGCAUCGUCGACUCUCUGCCCGGCAACAACGUCAUCUCCAAGACCGCCAUCCUGUCCUCGGCCGCCGGUCUGUCCGCCUACGCCAUCAGCAACGAGUACUACAUCGUCAACGAGGAGUCCGUCGUCGCUUUCUGUCUGCUGUCCGUCUGGGGCGCUCUGAUCAAGUACGGAGGUCCCAUGUACCGCGAGUGGGCCGAGGCCCAGAACAACAAGAUCAAGGGCAUCUUGAACGCCGCCCGCGCCGACCACACUCAGGCCGUCAAGGACCGCAUCGACAACGUCCAGCAGAUGGGUGGCGUCGUUGAGACCACCAAGGCCCUCUUCGCCGUCUCCAAGGAGACCGCCGAGCUCGAGGCCAAGGCUUACCAGCUCGAGCAGAGCACCGCCCUGGCCGCCGAGGCCAAGGCCGUCCUCGACAGCUGGGUCCGAUACGAGUCCCAGGUCAAGCAGCGCCAGCAGAGGGAGCUGUCUGAGAGCAUCAUCGCCAAGGUCACCAAGGAGCUAGAGAACCCCAAGGUUCUGCAGCAGAUCCUGCAGCAGAGCAUUGCUGAUGUUGAGAGGAUCGUCUCUUCCAAGGCUCAAUAAGCGACUCAUUCUAUACCGCGAACUCGAUAGACGGUGGAAGUAGUGGUUACAGAGAUACUCCCGCGAAGCGAAGCAGAGAACGGGUUUCCCUUUGUCAACCAAACCCGUGUUUAACACCUUGUGCAUUAGUCAA